GCCGCGCCGACCCUGCGGCCGUGAGCUCGCCUGCUGUCUUCGCGAGCCCCUGGCUGGGAGAUGCGCCGCUGCCGGGCCCUUGCCAGCUCCAGAACAGACAGGGCAUCGCUGGCUGAGGCUUGCCCGAAGUGACUGGAUAACUCAUAUUGGCCUCAAAUACAUGAUUCUUCUUCCUGUGUCUAGCUUGUGACUGGUGGCCUUAAAGAAAUGUACCACAAUACCAGAUGUUUGUGGAGCUUAAGGACGCCAUGGAGCUCGUCAGAGUAUGCCACUGAAGAAUACGAUGGCUGAAAACAACCUAAAAACGGUGAAGAUUCAGCAGCGUGUAGCCAACAGACUACCUAGGAACAGGCCAUAUAUUUGCAACAUCUGCUUCAAGCAUUUUGAAACACCAUCGAAAUUAGCUAGGCAUUAUCUCAUUCAUACCGGUCAAAAGCCAUUUGAAUGUGAUGUAUGUCAUAAAAACUUUCGGCAGCUAGUUCAUCUGGAGAGGCACCAGCUAACCCACAGUCUGCCUUUCAGUUGCAGUAUUUGCCAGCGCCACUUUAAAAACCUGAAGACAUUUGUGAAGCACCAGCAGCUUCACAGUGAAUCCUAUCACAAUGAUGUUAAAGUCAGAAGAUUGCUUGAGACCAAGCAGGAGAGGCCCGUGUACGGAGGGUAUAAUACUUUCGCUGCGGAGGAGAGACGGGCACUACACCCAUGCUCUAAGCCUGAUCCCAAGUAUAGCACUACCCAGAGAAGAAAGCAUAUUCAUGCAUGUACAAUCUGUGGCAAAAUGUUUCCAUCACAGUCAAAACUCGAUAGGCAUGCACUCAUUCAUACUGGACAGAGGCCUUUCAAAUGUGUCCUGUGCAGUAAAUCUUUCCGACAGUCAACUCACUUAAAAAUCCACCAACUCACGCAUUCAGAAGAAAGACCUUUUCAGUGUUGUUUUUGUCAAAAAGGAUUUAAGAUUCAAAGCAAACUUCUGAAGCAUAAACAAAUCCACACUAGGAAUAAGACUCUUCAGAAUCUCUCUUUAAAAGGAAAGACUCCUGAAUCAUGUCCCGUACCUAAUAAAUUAAAUGCAAAGCAGGAUGCUUUUGAAAAUGGUGAUAUGGGUGAAUCUGAGGAGAAUAAUCCUCUUGAUGUCCACUCUAUUUAUAUCGUCCCUUUUCAGUGUUCAGAGUGUGAAGAAUGUUUUGAGUCAGAGCAGAUUUUGAAUGGACACAAGUGUCUUCCUGCCAGAGGUGGCAGAAUUCCAAGCAGGCUCAAAAGAAGCUGCAACUAUAAGACCAUUGUUAAAAAGCUCUUGGCUAAACUUAAACGUGCUGGGGGUAAAAAAUCAGAUAACCUUCAAUCAGAGAAAAGAACAUUUAAAAGCAACUGCUUGAAAAAUUGUGAACGUACUUCUGGUGAGCAGAACCCGGAACAAACUCAGAGGACAUUUGUGGGUUCUCUUGGCAGACAUGGAUCAUGUAAGACAGUUAACAAAAAGAAGAAGAAAACACUAACUUUACCGUUUUCUUGGCAAAAGCAAUUCCAGAGCCAAAAUAUGGGUAAAAGUUUGCAAGGUAUCUUUACAACAGGAAGCAUAUUAACUAUGGAUGGUUCAAUGAAUAAUAAAGACUUGUCAAUCUUUGGUUCGUCAGGUGAGGAAUACUUUAAUAACUGUGACAUGCUUCAGUGUGGCUUUUCAGAUUCAAGUGAAAAUAUGCAUGCUGGACAUAAAAUGUGUCCCUGUGAUAAAUGUGAGAAAGUGUUCCCUUCUGUCUCUAAACUCCAGAGACACUAUCUGAUUCACACUGGACAGAGGCCUUUUGGCUGUAAUGUUUGUGGGAAAUCUUUUAGACAGUCAGCUCACCUAAAAAGACAUAAACUAACUCAUACUGAAAAGAUUCCCUAUAGCUCAUUUUGGGAAGUGGACCUUGGGAAUGUAAACAAACUUUUCAUUCAUCCAAGUGAUGGUGUUAGCUAUAAUGCUUCCCAACAGAGUGAGGGGCAUGUUUUCCAGAAAUAUGAGGGCUCAGAGUCCAAUCAGGGAGCUGGAAUUGAGGUCAAAGCAGAACCAGAGGAUUUCAUUCUCGGUUCCCACUAUAGGAACAGGCCGUCUUACCUCACUAACACACUUUUGGAGUCAGAGCAGAGCCGUCAUUGUUACAGUUAUUUAGGCCGUCCUGAAAGAAGUGAUGGACUCCUUUACCAGUGCAGUGUUUGUCGUAAAAAUUUCCGAUCUCCAUCCAAACUAGAGAGACACUAUUUAAUUCAUGCAGGGCAGAAACCAUUUGAGUGCUCAGUCUGUGGCAAAACAUUCAGGCAAGCACCUCACUGGAAGAGACAUCAGCUCACUCACUUUAAAGAACGACCUCAAGAGAAAGCGGUUGUUAUGUAACACAAAACCACUAAUGUGUUUGUGGUCUCUGGUGAUAUAAUACCCUCAGACAUUUUGCCGAAGGCCAGCAUUAGGUAGAAUGACUUCAUAGGCAAUUGCUUGUCCUACAUUAUAAGGAGUUAGUUAAAUAAAAUCAGUGUUACAGCGGAAACGGCUGAAUGACUUGAGAGGGAAUAGCACUGUUUGAUGGCAUAACUAGGUAUCUAAGGUUGUCCGUGUAUGACCUUGGUUGUAUUAGAGUUACAACUCCAUCAUCUUCAGUCUGGCCUCAUAUGUUGAAUUACUCCUUAAGUCAUUGCGUGUCUAUAUAUAUAUGCAUACCUCUUAACGUGAGGCCAGAAUUGCCAUUCAGCUCUAGUAAAUCACCCUGCCACGUUUGAUUUUACACGUACACUUAAGCUCCAUUGCAAAACAUUUUUCCUGAAAGUUAAAGGACAAGAGGACAACAGAUGUGCAAAUGGGUGGAAGAAAUUACAGCUUUUUCACAGUGAUUUUUUUGAGGACGGUGAUUUUACCUUCUAAGACAGAUGAGUCCCCUCCUAACCCUGCUGUUAUUUUUCCCUAAGGGAUUUACAAGUAGGAAGAAGGUAGGUUGCACCCGUGGAGUAUUUACCAUUCAUUAUCGUUUACAUUUAUAUGGGUAUUUCCCAGGUGUCAUGAACUGUUCUGACUUGUCUGCCGUUGUAUUGUUUGAGACACUUAAAUGCAGUGCACCUGUUGCUCAUUGGUGGUUGACAGCAGUGGCCAGGGACAAAACCUUGCAUUGACACCUCUUUGAGUGGCCCUAUGACUUAAGUAAGUUUAAUCUGCUAAAUUUGAUCAAAUGGCAAUAGCUUCGUAGUUUCAGUUUUUGCUCCUCUGUGAAAGAUACUAAUGCUAUAGUAUUAUUUUGAUCUUCGUUGUCACUUCAGUUAGUAAGGAUAUUGUCCCUGUAUGGGAAUAAGAUGCUGAAAGAGUUCAGGGCAUCAUUUUUUUUUCUAAACAGUAUUGUCAUAAUUUUACAGAAAUAUUUUAUUUACUCCUAUUCUGUGAGAGAAGUAUCUUAGUCACAGAUUGUCCUUCACUUUUGUGGCAGUUUGUACAAUCAUUGACUAACAUCUUCUAGCAAUGACAAGGGAUAGCUGUUCUCUUUCUAGGAUAGGUAUUUAGCACACUUAAAUAUAGUGGAAAAACCCGCUGUUAGAAGUGUGGGCAGUGGCAUAAGUGUAAGUUUUGACCAUGGUGUAAGAGCUGCCCUGUGGGAGGGGGAGGGAGGGGGAACUGUCAGCCCAGGUGAUCCUUCAGAAACUUGGGUUUCAGUUGCAGAGAAGGAAUGUGGUUGUGUGAGUCAGUGAUAAACAGAUGUGCUUUCCUCUCAAGAGGAGGCCACGUGCUUCAAGGAAUGAUUUCUCUUCUGUUUCUUUGAGAUUUGAGGUGUAUUUUCCAGUACACACAAGAGUGGUUCACAGAAUCGGCUUUGCACAAAACUCUUGAGGACAUGUCUGUUGCAUAAAAGCAAAGCAUAAAUAGUUUGUGUUUUCCAAGAGUAAAAGUUCAAAAAUUAUUUAAUGUAUGAAAUUAUGGGUUUGGGCACUUCCCCAAUUAUUUAUGUAAGUUUAUUUGAAGGGAAAUGCCCGACAUGUUUCUUUCCCACCUAAACAGGGAGAGUUGAAUGUUGUGCUCGUAUGAAUAUGAAUCUUUGCCUGAGUAAUAAUAAGAUACUUUUUUGUUUUGUUUUGGUUUCUUUGUUUUGGUUUGUGUUUUGGCUUAUGCCCUUUAAAGCUGUUUCAUAUUGAAAGUUGGAAUAUCGUAAAAAUUUUGUCAAGAGAUGUACUGUAGUGCUAUUUGAAGUGCCUGUAACAAAAUACUUAUCAUUGCGAGCUUCUUAUGGGAACUGUAGAAGUGAAAAUAAAGUCUGAACUUAUGUUAAGAUAAACAUGUUAAAUGAUGGUUUGCUGCAUGCCAGAACUGUACUUAUUGUUGAGUCAAUUAUUUUGGUUUUCUGGAAAUAAUAAACUUUAUAAAUAUCU